GUGCGUUACGGUGCGCAUCGACCGGUGAGUUCUUCACUUACGAUAAUUUAUCAUAGACAUUUAUUUGUGGCUUAUCUUUAUCGCGCGUAUAAUUAACUAAACUAUCGCAAAUUGAUUGUGCGCUUGUUGUUGUUGCUGUUAGAAGCCAUGAAAGUCAACAAGUCAACGGGAAGUUUCUCGCGAAACGGAUCGUUGCGUUCGCGCCGAUAUACAACUUCAGCGGCGAACGCAUCAUAUUCAUCGUUGCCAAGUCCGUUGCCGCCAAAGAGUCCUACAAUUAAUUACCAAUGUACUGUUGAUCCGCCAGAACAAGCGCACAGUUACUAUAAAAAAUCGCCAACUUCACCGAAUUGUUAUCCGCGUUCGCCGCGGUCGCCGGCGGCUUACAUGGCACAAUCAUCUUCGCAAAAGUCACGCUCGCCGUCGGCGCAAAGCGAUCGUCACGUUUCGACUGGCUUCGGGCAAAAAUCACCCAGUGGACAAUUGUCACAUCAUUCGACAUCGUCCGAUCAUUGCGUUUUUGAUUUUGUCGCACAAAAGUCGCCAAUACUCACACCGAAAUCACCGCGUUCACCGCGUAACAUACACUAUGAGUCCGGAGACUCACCAGCUGGUUCACCACCGCAUACUUCAUCCGCGUCGAGUGGGAAUUAUUUCAAUUUCAAUCUGCAAUCACCGCCCAAGGCGAAGCUCAGCAACGCGUCGAGCCCAGCAUCGAGCAAAGCAUUCCACACACGCCAGCAGUACCAAUCAACCAAAACGGAUUCAUCCAACUCGACAAAAUCUAGUCUGGAAUACGCAUCGACGAAAAAGCACCCGAAUGGCGAUUACCAAGAUAUUGAAUAUAAAGUAUGCAAUUCAAUCGACUCGGAUUCACAGCCGAGCAGUUCGGUAGAUUUUCCCACGUGCGUUGGGUACAGAUACAAUUCGGAACGUCGCAACGCCAGGCACCCGAUGCUGAAAGAGAACAUCAGUACCAGUGGCAGCACAGUCACAGCCGGCGGUAGCAACAGCAUCACCAGCGGCAACAGUAAACCAACUAAGCCCAAAUGUAACAUCCGCACGAAUCCGGGAUAUGACGAGCGCUACUCCUCGAGCAAAUCCAUCAACGAGUACAACAAGAAGAGCAAGAAAGCGCACAAGUCCUUCGAGAUAUGCAGGAAGUCCACCAGCGACCUCACCGACCUAACCGACGAGGCCGCCAACACCACGAUGACAUCGUUAAGUCGGCCCAGCUCGCCGCGACGCAAGGGAUCGGUAAAGAGCGGUUUGGCCUACUUGGCGUCGCGGCGCGGUUCACGCGAUUCUGUCGCCUCCAACAUGUCCAAUGUAUCCAACGAAGACAUCGGACCUUUGAACUUUCAAAAUACUGCGCGUGGACGUCAAAGAAGGACUUCAAACUUUUUGGAAUUACCAGUUCCAGAUCAUAUCAGACCAAGAGUAUGCUCGUUGCCGGAGAAAGCAUACAAUCCCAGAUUUAGUGAUGACUUAUACCGAUUGCGGACGUUCAGCAUAACGAAUAAGGGUGGAGUCGUCAACUGUGGAGAUUCGAUUAUUAAUCGACGGUCGAAAUCGAAUACGAGUGUUAAUUCUACUACAAGCAGGGCAAGUAAUGUCUCAGGUGAGAGAUCUCCGUUUGAAGGCUCCUGCUGUGGCUCCGGCUAUCACACCGUCGACUCCACGCCGCUGGGCUCCCCUGAAGAAUUCGAAGUUCCUAAAUAUCGCGUUGUGAUGCUGGGCGACUCAGGCGUCGGCAAAACCGCGCUCGUGUCUCAGUUUAUGACAUCCGAAUAUAUGAAUACGUACGAUGCCAGUUUAGAUGAUGAGUUUGGCGAGCGUACCGUUUCCAUAUUGCUUGACGGCGAAGAAUCCGAGAUGAUAUUCAUCGAUCAUCCAUCGGCAGAAAUGUCUGUAGAAAAUUCGCUCAGCACCUACGAACCACAUGCGUGCGUCGUUGUGUAUUCGAUAGUGGCUCGACCGAGCUUUCACCAUGCGGAAGACACACUGAAUUAUUUGUGGCGUGAAGGAUACACGCAGGACAAGAGUGUGAUCGUCGUGGGAAACAAGGCCGAUCUUGCACGCUCGAGGAUGAUCUCCGCCAAUGAUGGCAAAUCCCUUGCCGUCUCUCGAGAAUGUAAAUUCAUUGAGACGUCAAGUGGUAUUCAGCACAACGUCGACGAACUGCUCGUUGGCAUCCUGAAGCAAAUUCGACUACGCGAGACGCGCGAUAAGAAGAAAGCCACCGGGAGCAAAAAAGAGCAGCACAAUAAGCUGCAUGGCUCCAAGACUAGCCUCAGUCUGAAUAUCGCGCGUGAAAUACUGCAGAAAAUUUGCCUGAACGACAUUAGCAAAUCCAAGUCCUGCGAGAAUUUGCAUGUGCUCUAAACUGUCAACUGCGAUGAGACCACUACUGUUGGGCUCGGAUGUCAUAAAGCAUUUCCUUGUGAUAUUAAUUACUAAUGAUUAUAUUGAAUACAAAAGAAUCUUCCCCGUACUUGCAUUAAAUCUAGUCUAGAAAUGUGUAUACUUGAUUUGACCGCUGUAAAGUCAAUAACAUGAUGUUAUCAGUAUCAUAACUUUUUAAAAAUGUUCGAUGUACGUACGUUUCCUCUUUUUAAACGUAUUAUUGUUGAUUUUAAGCCAGAGACUUCUAGACUUCGACAUUUUAAAGAAAUCAUCAUUGUGACUAAAAAUCAAAAUGAUUUUCAUACACAUUUUUUUAAUUUUCUACAAUUUUUUUUUAUAUUAACUCAAGAAUCUAUUUUUAAUUUGUUUAUUAUAAAUGUACCUUUAGAAUUACGAUAUUGUAAGCAUACCAUUGGUUAUAUGUUAAAAUAAGUUCCAUUCUGGGAUAUUCCAUAUACCAAUUAUUAUCUGUUACUUGAAUUGUCGUUGUUUGUCGUUUUACAUUGCUUGCUGGAAAUUCCCAGGACGUACAUUUCAAGUUAAAUACAAAGGUAGCGGCUGCAAAGUUGGCCAAUGCCUUGAAAAAUGUAGUUGACGAGGCCUAAAAUACCUAGUAGCAGGACAUUUCUUCCAAAGAACGUACAUAUUACGUGGAAGAUAACUGCCCUUGCAAAUAUAUAAUUGACAUGUAAAACGUAAUUAAGUGCAAACGUUUAUAAAACAUACCAACAUAAGCACAUUCAGCUUCUUCAAAUUGAAGAUAUUUACUAAUGUUCUUAAGUUAUGUAACUAUCGUAUUUUAUAGCUUUAUUACUUCCGAACUAAUGUACAGAUGACUAUGACUGAUUUUACUAUUCAUUUUUUAUAAUCUUCUUACUGUUGUAAACGGACAGAUGUUUACAUUUGUAUUCUGUGUUCAGGUUUAAUACUAUUUAUAACUUCAUAUUAUUGAAUAUUUCUCUACCUAUCAAAGGAAAGCAAUUUUUAACAUUGAGGAAAGCUUUGAAGGAAACUUAAGGAAUCGUUUCCAACAUAGAGCGAAUACAAAAAUAAAGUAGAAAAAUAAGCGGCACAAUAAGUAAUCAAAUUCAAUUGGCGUGAAUAAUAUAAUAAUUAUAGUUGUAGGAAUAACAACGUAGUAAUAAAUGAAAUGUACAUUUAUAUAUUUUCAGAACCGAAAACUAAUUUACGAAGUUACAAAGAGUAAUCAAAUUCUACUUAAUCUAUACAUAUCUUAUCUUAUAUUCUGCAAAAUAUUUAAUAUAAAACAAUAUAAACAGCUAAGAAAUAUCUUAUAUAUUUAUCUACAAUUUCUACUGUGACAAUCAAUAAGUAAAUUGUAAGUGUAAUUAAAAUAAUGGCAAGUCAACAACAGAGCAAAAUAUAUUGUAUUGAAAUAACUAUCAUACCUGUAAUGGAAAUUAUAUGAUCCUAAGAGCA